UAAAUAAUUUCCCAAAUUCUGAUUUCUGCAUAAUUAGUGAAUACCAUUUCUUCUUCCUUAAAAAUUGAGAAAUAAUUUUGAAUUAUCUGAUGAUUUGACAAGAGUUAUAGUGAGAUCUACAGUUCAAUUCAUCAAUGGAGGGCUAUGUGUGGGCAAUAGCCGCUGGGUUCAACGCAGCUCUUGCAGCCAUCUCUGCCAAAUUCUUCACCUCCCAGCUCAUCAAAUAUGGUUGUGUCAUAUUAUUCAAUGUCACAAUGUGGGGAUGCUAUGUCAAUAGCCUUAAAGCUCUAUCAUCUCUACAAGCUACUGUGACUAACUUUGCAACCAACUUUUUAUCAUCUGGAUUGGCUGGAUUUUUGCUUUUUCGGGAGCCACUACCAAUCCAGUGGUUUGCAGGCGCCUCCCUUAUCGUGCUUGGAGUUAUUGUUUUGAGCAAGUCAAGCAUAGAGAAGAAAACUCAUACAAGUUAGAUUUAGAGAAGGUGUGAGCCAAAUAUUAGAUGUAGAUUUUAAUGGCCUUAACAUGAACUAUUGUUAAAAUUCAUGUCUCAAAAUCAGUUUAUUAUGCAUUAUUGUGGCUAUGUUGAUAUAAUUGUUGUUCUUGUAAUAUUGCAAUACUGGGACUCUCUCCAUGUUGUACGACUCUACGUGAUCGUGAUGUCACUAAGUGAAAUUACGUUGAAUAUGUCAUUAUUAGUACUUAGUCCUAAUUUCUAUUUGAGGACUGCUUUAAAAUUGGUUCUUUAA